GUGAAAUGACACCGAGAUUUCCCACUGUUCAACUCGAAUGCAAUGUAAACAAACAAAUGCGAUCCUGUGCCGUACUGAAGGUGUGCAGUUAUUUGUGCCGUAAAUUUUCGAUAACUAUAGCCAACAGCUGUUUGGUGUUUAGCAAUUGCGUUCGCAUUAGUUAACCCUAAGCCCUUCCCAACGCGGCUGACCGUAUGGGCCGACGACGAGAAUGAAUAACGUGCUGUGCAGAUUGUGCUUGAUGAAGUGUGAAGAAUUGCUGGGAAUGUACAUCACCUCGCCGAACGGUGUACUGCGUAGUCUGCCGAAGAUCAUACGGGAAUGCAUCUCGCUCGAGAUAACCGAUCUCGAGCCGAACUUUGUCUCCAAGUUCAUCUGCAACGAGUGUAUCUACAAGCUGGAGCUGUUUUACGCUUUCCGGCAGCAGAGCCUCAAGAGCCAGGAGUAUUACAAUGGGCUAAUACAAUUCUAUCAGCAAUCAGUGCCUUGCUCGAGUAAAGUAGCGUUAGAUCCGACGACGGCUGAAGCGGUACAUGUGUCGGGAUCGGUGGAUGGCGUCUUCGAACCGGAACAGUCGGUACAUUCGAACAAUGAGCUGGCCGAUAUCAACUUUUCCGGCAACGAGUUUAUGAUGGACGAGUCGGAAAAGCAUCAGCUCAGCAAGGAUUAUGAUGAUAUUAUUCGCAACCUGCAAAAGGAUGACCUUUUUAAGGAAGAUUUUACAACGAACGAUGAUGAGCUAGUGAUUAAACCCGAAUUGGGAAUCUCGAUACCGACGAACGGUGCCAGAAUAAGCAAGCAAGCUGCACUUCAACAAGAAUGCUCAGCCUAUCUGCAGCAGAAUAAUGGAGUGCCGAUAAAUAUUGCGCAACCUGCCGACCCCAGUGCAAACGGAUGUUUCGAUCCGUACAGUACAAUGACGGUGACGUGCGAUAAGGAUAUCAUCAACAGCAGCACGCUUUCCGUAGUGGAUCAGGACGAUGAUUUGAAUUAUGACGAUUUUGUAGGCAUACAAACGACGCCCUUGGAGGACAACCGUGAAAUGUCUUUGUCUGAAGUGCACGUUCAAGAUAUAAUAGCGGAUGUGUACAACGUUGCGCCCGAGAAGAUCAACCAAUCGACAGAUGCAAUUCCAUCGUCCCAACAGAUUGCUGCCGUGCAGUGCAGUGCAGAUAUUCCGGCCCUUCAACCGAAUGACUCGUACUUUGCCAUGGUUGACUUCAGCGAACCUGCACUCGCCAGCAGCAGCAGCACUAGCAGCAACAACGGCCCAACCACCUGUGUGAAUGGCGGUACGACCAAUUUAGCGAACGAUAAAACGUGUGAGAUUUGCUUCAAAACGUUCCGCACCAGACAGAAGCUUACGAUCCACCGGAACACUCACCUCCGGCUAGCGCCGUUCAAGUGUACGUUCGACGGUUGCACUAAAGCGUUCAAAUCACGCAUCGGUCUCGACGAGCAUGUGGCCCGGCACACGAACAGCUUCGAGUUUACCUGUGAUAUCUGCUCGAAGGGAUUCCAGCAUCGUAGCUACCUGUCCGCCCAUCGGCGAGCGCAUAACACGGAACGCAACUUUCAGUGCGCACUGUGUGAGCAAUCGUUCAAAUCGAAGCAAGCGUUGCUGGAUCAUAAAAAUCGUCGUCAUCUGGGGGUGAAACCGUUUGCCUGCGAGCUGUGCGAUAAGCAGUACACGAAGAGUUCCCAGCUGCGGGAACAUAUUGACCAGCAGCACGGCAGCGGUAAGCGGGACGAUGCGAGGAGUGCGCGCCAUCCGUGCCCGGAGUGUGGCAAACAGUUUACCUCUAAAAGCUACCUGAACGUGCAUCUGCGAAUCCAUCGCAAUGAGCGACCGUUCGUGUGUGAGGUUUGCAAUAAGGGGCACAUCACGCGCAAAGAUCUCGCCGUGCACAUGACAAGCCACACGGGCGAGAAACCAUUUAGCUGUGACAUUUGCGGCAAAACGUACGCGCGCCGUAACGCACUAGACUGCCAUCGGCGAACGCACACCAAGGAACGUCCGUACGUCUGUGAUAUCUGUGGCCAAUCGUUUUCCCAGGCCACACCGUUGCGGGUGCAUCGGAAACUGCACGAGACCGUCGGUCACAAAAAGCAAUCGCCGAGCGAGACACCAAAGCCGGUGGCCACGGAUGUGUCGCAAGGCCACGGCCGAUAGUGUUCUGGGGUGAUGAAUAAAUGUCCCUGCCAAAAUCA